CAUUGCCUUGGCAAGUCUCAUAAAACAGCCAGCAGAGCCCAGCAAGUGCUUUUCUUCAGUGUUCUGGGAGCUCAGAAAUCCAGGAAUUGAACGAGGCCUUGAACCCAUUUUAUGGGUUCACUUCUUACCGAACUACCAUAAAAUAUUGAAAUUCAGACCCUAUAAAUAAGGAGGGGAAGGAGCUGUGCAUUUCUCAGCAGAAUCAGCCUCUCCAGAGACUCUUCCCAAGACACCAGCUGGGCCCCUCCGAGAUGGCACAGAGACACAGCCUCACCAUUCCCUACGGAGCACCCGUCCUUGCCAUUUCCUUCCUGGCGUGUGUAGCCACAGGUUUGGAGCUGUCCAUAAAUAACCACGCUGCCGACUUCCCCCUGUCUACAACGAGUGGCAGUUCAGUCUCCCUCUCCUGCCUCGUCCAUAACAGCAGCCAGGCUGAGAACCUGCUCUGGUACCGGGGAGAUGGGCAAGUGGGUCUGAAAGAUGGGAAUAAAGUGAACAUCAGCCACAUCUGCAUACACCCAGUCAACGAGUCUGACAACGGAGUCACCUUCACGUGCAGGCUGGCGCGGGACAAGUCCGUGCAGGUGUCUGUGACCCUGGAUGUCAAGUUUCCUCCCCAGCUGAGCGGAGAAGAGACCCUCCAAAUUGAAGAAGAGAAAGAUGUUACCCUGACCUGCAACUCCAAAUCCAACCCUCAAGCCCAAACAACUUGGUAUAAGGACAACAACGACUUGACCCUACAGGAGGGUCGUUAUGUACUCCGCCAGACGAGUGAGGUCUUUCAGCUCUCUAUCACAAAAGUACAGAAGUCUGACAAUGGGACCUACACCUGCGUGGUGGAAUCUUCCUUGGGAAAGGGGACAAAGGAUUUCCACCUGAUAAUUGAAGAUAAAAAAGCUGUUUUUCCCAAAGAGGCUGUUAUUACUGCUGUCGUGGUGGUUGCAAUCGCGAUAUUUUUUGGAAUUGUGGCUCGAAGAGAUAAAUUCUGUAAGUGCUUCAAGAAAUCAAACAGCGAAACAGCUCUGUGAAGAACACAAGGUUCCUGUGCACACCCAGAAAACAUCAGUUCUAGGGGUGGAACUAAGGCCUUGCGUGAGAUGAUGAGAUAAAGCACUGAAACAAGUUUUUCGGGGUCAAGUUUAUAUGGUGUUUUUUUCCAAAAUAUAACUGGCUCACCUGUUGAUUCUAACCUGCUGCUUAGAGCACUGCUGUGGAGGGGAGGUUGCCUGAGAUGAUGCCGUUUCUUCCCCUCCGUGCUUAUUCCAACAAGGAAAAUGCACGUGCAGUCAGGCAUUUGGGUUGUGGAUCAGUCCACAGAGGAAUCUGCACUGGAUUGCCCCAGAUUGUGAUGCCGAUGCACACAAAUGAAGUGAGGUGCUGAGCUGGCAGCUGCUUUCUGUCCUGCAGUGCCAUUCCACAGGGUGCUGGGGUGGUGGUCACCCAACUUCCUGCCCCUUCCCAGUGAUCCUCUGGGCAUCUCAGCUCCUGUUGUGAGGGUGAAAGCUGCCUGGCACUUCAGCACUGCCACUGCACGUCCUGUCUCCGUGGCUGAGACCAGACCCCAGGGCUCGGGGCAGCCCCAACCACUCGAUAGCACACAGUGAAGUUCCAGUGUGGUUGCUCCAGCGCUGCAAUGGCAGGAAAACCUCUCCAUCCACCCCUUCUCCCAACGAAUGUGCCACUCAGGCACUUUUCUCAAGGUCCUGGCAAGCUGUGGAGGCCUCAUCAUGCCUUGGAUGGUACAUUACUAAUACUGCAAAUAAACACAGUGUGC